AUGUGGAGAUUAACUGAAGAAGAAAGAAAAAUAUUUCGGAAAAUAAUACCUACUGACUUUCCAACUGACCAAACUCGAAUUUACUUUGAUGAAACGAAAACAAAUGGAUCUAGUAUUUAUGAAUUAAUUAAUCGUGAUGGAAUUAGCAGUUCUGAAGUAGAAGCAAUUUAUAAAGCUCUUCCUUCGGAUACAGAAUUUUACAAAUUUGUUGAUUAUUUAAAGCCUCAACAAUUUCCUCAGCCUGAACUGACUGAGGAACAAAAAGAAGCUAAAAGAGAAUAUAAGGAAAGAAUUGAAAGGCUAAGAAAUCAACAGGCAAAUAUGGAAUAUAACAAUAUGAUUCGUUCAAUUGAUCAAACACGUUCUAAUUCACUACUUCAAAAUUUUGGACAAGAAAUGCGUGAAGUGAAUAGACAAAUGGUUGCAAUUAUUAAUACUUUGAUAACUGUUGGAGGUUCUUUUGCCUUUGGUUUUUGGGGUGUACAAUUUGCCUAUCCCCAUUUGGGUUUGGACAUUGCAGAAAGAAUGUUGUUAGGAUUAGUUUGUGCAACUAUUGUGUUCUUUGCAGAUCUCUAUUUUAUAGUCAAAAGUAUGUCUGAUGACGAGAUUGAAGAGAAGGAUAAAACAAAAAAGAAAAAAUGGGUGGAAACUAGUAAUAUAACUUUACAGAAAAAAUGUCAAUAA